GGGGCUCGGUUUCAAAACUGCUCAUAGUGCGCACCACGCACUCCUUGCUCAAUUUAGUACUUCUCUGCUUUGGUUCGUUAUAUUGCGCACCAUAGAUAUCAGAGGGAGAAGAUAAUCUGAACCAGAACAAGCACAAAACCUCAGUAUUCUUACAGGUUUGAUUAGUUUCCAAGACUUCCUCUCACUAUAUUCAUCUCUCUCUCCGUAGUUAUACACUUGUAUGUAUACAUCUGUCGGAUCUGCUUAGACUUUGUAUAUGGCUCUUGUGCCCCCAACAACAACCUUAAUAGACUCUUUCCAGAACUCGGUCACCAAGUUCCAUAUAACCAGACGCUUGCACUUUUUCAGGCAUGCUUCGUCCAUACCUUUCCAAAGAAACAAUUUUUAUGCACCCUAUACCAGUAUCAACUCAGACUCGUCCCCACAGAAAAACCAACAAACCAAAUCCAAUGUUGUGCUCAAACGUAAGAGACACAAAUGGGGUUCUGCUAUUGGAACACCCAGCUCACAGUCGAAUUCUAUUGGGAAUUCAUCUAGUACUAGUUGGUUAGAUAACUGGAAUGUAACCCAUAAACAAAACCAGCUGAAAGUACCUCAGGCAUUGACAAGUUAUCGAAAUAAUGAGGAUUUAUCGGAUUUGGAAUACGAAAAUGGUACUAGUGAUGCUGGUAGUGGUAGUACAAUGGAGAGGAUUGUUGAGAAAUUAAAGAAAUUUGGGUAUAUUGAUGAUGCGAAUGAGAACACAGAGAAGGUAGAGGAAAGAGUGAGUGAAAAGGGGAGUAUUGAGGAUAUAUUUUAUGUUGAGGAAGGAAUAUUGCCCAAUGCGAGAGGCGGAUUUUCGGAUAAAUCUCAAUUUGGGGAUGAAAAUGUGUUUGGGAGUGAUAGGGAGAUCAGGUUUCCCUGGGAGAAGCCUGUGGUGAAGGACGAGGAAAAGAGGAAUUCAGUUAGGCAGAAGAGUAGGACUUCUGUGGCAGAAUUAACUCUUCCAGAGUCAGAGUUGAGGAGGCUGAGGAAUUUGGCUCUUCAGACGAAGCACAAGACAAGGGUUAGUGGUGCAGGUGUUACAAAAGAGGUGGUAGAUAUGGUUCAUGAGAAGUGGAAAUCAUCAGAGGUCGUGAGAUUGAAAAUUGAGGGGGCUCCUGCACUUAAUAUGAAGCGAAUGCAUGAGAUAUUGGAGAGGAAAACUGGUGGCCUGGUGGUAUGGAGGUCUGGCACUUCUAUUUCUCUGUAUAGGGGUGUAAGUUAUGAGAAUCCUUCAGAACGACAGAACAAACGGAUGUAUAACAGGAAUGAGAUGUCUCAUAAGGCCCCUUUGACAAUUGUGGAUAGAAUUAGUAGCAAUCCUUCAGAGCUUGGUCUCUCUGCUGAUGCGCAUGCACCUCUAUCCGAGUCUGGAAUUUCUGUUGAGGAGAAAAAGAACACCAAUUCAGCACCUGAAGUUCAGUAUGAAGAUGAGGUAGACAAGCUGUUAGAUGGGCUGGGGCCUAGAUACACAGAUUGGCCAGGAUGUGAUCCGUUACCUGUAGAUGCAGAUUUGCUCCCUGGUAUUGUACCCGGUUACCAACCUCCCUUCAGAAUUCUUCCCUAUGGAGUGAGAUCUACCCUUGGAACAAAGGAGGCAACAGCUUUACGAAGGCUUGCCAGAGUUCUCCCUCCACACUUUGCAUUGGGUCGAAGCCGGCAGCACCAAGGUUUAGCUGUGGCCAUGAUUAAGUUAUGGGAAAAAAGUUCAAUUGCGAAGAUUGCUCUAAAACGUGGUGUCCAGCUAACUACAAGUGAAAGAAUGGCUGAAGAUAUCAAGAAAUUAACUGAGGGUGUGCUUCUCUCUAGAAACAAGGAGUUCCUAGUGUUCUACAGAGGGAAGAACUUUUUGUCACCAGAUGUUGCUGAAGCAUUACUAGAAAAGGAGAGCUUGGCAAAGGCCUUGCAAGAUGAAGAAGAGCAAGCACGGUUGAGAGCAUCAGCCUUGGUUAUACCAAGCGUUGAAAGAACUGAUGAAUCUGGAAUGGCCGGUACUCUUGAGGAAACUUUGGAUGCAGAUGCUAGGUGGGGAAAGAGGAUGGAUGAUCAUCACAAGGAAAAGGUGAUGAUAGAAGCAGAAGUAGAGAGGCAUGCCAUCCUUCUCCAAAGACUUGAACGGAAGCUUGCUUUUGCUGAGCGGAAGUUAAUGAAAGCAGAACGGACCUUAUCUAAGGUGGAAGACUUUCUAAAUCCGGCAGAUCGCCAAGCGGACCCCGACAGCAUAACUGAUGAGGAGAGGUUUAUGUUUCGGAAGCUUGGUUUAAGGAUGAAAGCAUUCUUACUUCUUGGUAGGCGUGGAGUUUUUGAUGGUACAGUGGAGAACAUGCACUUACACUGGAAGUACCGGGAGUUGGUCAAAAUCAUAGUAAAAGCUAAAAACUUUGAUCAGGUCACAAAAAUUGCAUUAUCCCUCGAAGCUGAGAGCGGUGGUGUUUUGGUAUCUGUGGACAAAGUUUCUAAGGGAUAUGCCAUAGUUGUAUUCCGAGGUAAGGAUUACAAGCGACCUUGCGCUCUGAGGCCCAAAAAUCUUCUAACAAAGAGAAAAGCUUUGGCACGUUCAAUUGAGCUUCAGAGGCGUGAGGCUCUCCUUAACCAUAUUUCAACCCUGCAAACCGGUGUGGAGAAGCUAAGAUCCGAAAUUGAACAAAUGGGACUCAUGAGGGACCGUGGAGAUGAGGAGUUGUAUGACAAAUUAGAAUCUGCUUAUCUUACUGAAGAUGAGGAUCACGAGGAGGAAGGAGAUGAGGUUGACCUCAAGACAUAUGAAAGUGAUAAUGAUGCUGAAGAAUUCAUCAACAAUUCAACUGGCAAUCUCCACUUGGAAACAAAUUUCCCAUACAAUUUUGAAGAUCAGGAGUCAGAGGUAGAACCUGAUAGUCACAAUCCACUCGUCGGGUCUGAUGCAUCAAAGUAGCAAAAUUGAUGAAAUGAGGGAAGAAGUUACAGGACCUCACCGAUUCAACUAGUUGGAAUCAGAAGGAGAAAAACUAUUUUCAAUCAAGAAUGAAAUUGAGUGAUCGUAGCUAAAGAACUUGCAGCAUCAUGUACAGACAAGCCUGCUACUCUGGAGAAAUUAGUUACCAAUCAACAGCUUCAUGUACAGAAAAUCAUGUAAUACCCUACCAAUUGGUAUCUUGGUCUCUGGCCCCUUUUAGUAUCAUGUGAAAGUAAGUGAACCAACUUAAUUUGUGAAGAGUCCAAAUGGCUAUUAGUACCAGCAAAGUUGUAGUCCAAAUGGUUACUCUAGAGGACCUCUGGCUCUGGCCUUCGAACUAUGCAUGUCAUGUGAUUGUAGAUGCUAAUAAGCCAUUGAACUUCCAGCUCUCGAGCUCCGAAGAAAACCCCCCUCCCCUUUGAAUUCCAUAUCUUUUUUGCCUCUAU